GUUGUUUUGCGUCUUCAUUUUUUGGUUGUUCUUUGGGUUCUUCAUUCUUUGGCUGUUCUUUUGGUUCAUCGGGUUGUUUGGCGUCUUCAUUCUUUGGUUGUUCUUUGGGUUCUUCAUUCUUUGGUUGAUCUUUUGGUUCAUCGGGUUGUUUUGCCUCUUCAUUCUUUUGUGGCUCUUCAUUCUUUGGUUGUUCUUUUGGUUCAUCGGGUUGUUUUGUCUCUUCAUUCUUUGGUUGAUUAUUUGGCUCAUUAUUUUUCGGUUCCUCUGGCUCCUGUCGUUUCUGGAUAG